AGGCAGCCGGCGGGCGGAAUUUGGAACAACAAACUGAAGACCAAGACGGCAGGGACUUUCACCUUUGUUUCCUGUCUUCUAUUUGCUUCUUAAUUAGAAAAUUAUUAAUUAACGAAUUGAUUGAAAAAUGGAAUGAAAGUCAAACAAGAAAUCUGAGACCCAAGAAAAGAAAGAAGAUGAAAUAGAGAUAUCAGAGAGAGCAGAGAUUCAUUCAGUCAAAAAUCAUCAUCACCAUCUCUCUCUCUCUGAAUCUCUGUUUCUAUUUCUUCUUCUUUCUCCCCAUCUAUCUAUAAUUGGAUUUGGAUUUGGAUUUGGAUACUAAAACCCACCACCAACAUCAACAAAAUCAUCAUCUUCUAAUCUUUUGAAUUCAAAAAUCCCUCUCCUUGUUUGUUUUAAUUUGGGAUCCCUCUGUUGGCAACAAUGAAUUCUUCAAAUCCUGGCACAAGUUCUGGAGGAGGAGGUGGAUCUGGGGGUGGAGAUGCUGCUGCUCACCCUAAAAGGAAUUCUAAAAGACCCAAAUAUUCAAAGUUUACUCAGCAAGAGCUACCUGCCUGCAAGCCAAUUCUAACACCACAAUGGGUGAUCUCAGCAUUCGUGCUUAUCAGUGUUAUCUUCAUCCCCAUCGGUGUUGCUUCCCUUCUCGCUUCACGAAAUGUUGUCGAAAUUGUUGAUCGGUAUGAGACUGAAUGCAUUCCACAGGAUCAGAGACAUGAUAAGCUCAGCUACAUAUAUAACAAAAAUGUCAGCAAAACCUGCACUAGAAAAAUUACAGUGCCAAAGCUUAUGAAGCAACCUAUAUAUGUCUAUUAUCAACUCGAUAACUUUUACCAGAACCAUCGCAGGUACGUAAAGAGUCGUAGUGAUGCACAGUUAAGAGAUCCCUCAAAAGAGAAUGAAACAAGUACUUGCGAUCCAGAAGCUAGAAUUGAUGGUAGACCAAUUGUACCUUGUGGUCUCAUAGCAUGGAGUAUGUUCAAUGAUACAUACAGUUUCUCCCGUUCUCGGGACAACAAGACAUUGGCGUUGAACAAGAAGGAUAUUUCGUGGAAGAGUGACAGGGAUAGCAAAUUUGGUGACAAAGUCUUUCCCAAAAACUUCCAGAGUGGAGUUAUUCAAGGAGGAGCAGUUCUUAACGAAAGCAUACCUUUGAGCCAACAGGAGGAUCUCAUUGUAUGGAUGAGAACAGCAGCCUUACCAACUUUCAGGAAGUUAUAUGGGAGGAUAGAGGAGGAUCUUGUUGCAGGUGAUACAAUUGUAGUCACUUUAGAAAACAAUUAUAACACAUAUAAAUUUGACGGGAAAAAGAAACUUGUUCUUUCUACAACAAGUUGGAUUGGGGGGAAGAACGACUUUCUUGGGAUUGCAUAUCUCACAGUCGGUGGGCUUUGCUUAUUUUUAGCCUUGGUUUUCACCAUUAUAUAUCUAGUCAAGCCAAGGCAACUUGGAGACCCUUCAUACUUGUCAUGGAAUAGAAAUCCUUCAGGGCACUGAGAACCCCUAGUAAUUCACCCAAGUAGAUGGAUCACAGCCUGGCUGGAUUCUUCAGAAUGAUAAAUGUAUCUAUUAUGUGUAUUGGGAGACAUAACUGACUUUACAUGUAUACUCUGGUUUGUUUUUGAUUUCUUAUAGAAUUCUGGUAGAGUUCAUCAAAAUUUUACUUCUGAAGGGAGAAUACUACAAAAUGCAUGUAUAAUUUCGGAGAGAAACAAGAGAGGAGUGGAUUUUAUAGAUUUAAGAGUUGUUCAGUCUAAACUUUCAUAAAAUUUCCAGUUUUUGGGUGUACAAGAUUUU